AUGUUUUGUGAACCUCCCGCCAACACGAACCAUGGCACGGCGAGACCCCCCUUCAUCUUCCGGUAUCCUCACCAAUGUUUUCAGCUUUGUUUCACGCGAACUUGGCUCUUUUGUCACCACCGCGACGGGGGGCGAACCGACAACGAUCGCACCAAAGGCAUCGUCGUCGCGCGACCGAUUAGAUGCUAAACUCCACGAUCUAACGAGGAGAAGUGCCAAACGGAAGAGAAAGGAGGCCGAUCAUGGCAAUAGCUUGCAGGACGCGAUGCAUAGCGGUCCGACCAGAGAGGAAAGCUCUACUCUGAUACCAGACGAUGUGCACAACACUUCCUCGUCACUUUCGCGUAACAAUUCCAACCCUCGGACACUUAGCCGCGUGCAGUCGUCUAACAGCAGACGACGUUCAAAGUCACCUGCGAUGCCACCUCCUCCAACCAUUCCAGAACAUGCUCUUAAGAGAACACCUUCAGUAACCAUGCCAGGCUCCUUCUACCCUCGUUCACCAUCAUUAGAGCCUGACUACGCCGCAAGUUUGGAAAUUCGACAACCCAGUCGAAGUCGACUCAGCCACUUCCAUUCUUAUGAUGAACUUCUCAACGAUAUUGAGGACGACGCUGGACCUUCAGACAGUCCCAGAUCUGGCAAGUCAGUCAAUAGCCCAACUCGUUCCGAUCCAUCUCCGUCACCUAUACGUAUCAAUGGUGGGCCGUCUGUCAGGGGGGUAGUGGACCGUUUCACAGACGAUGCAGACCCUUCUCUUAUGUUGCCCAACCCCGCUAUCUCACCGCGGAAAGGCGUCUCGAGUAGACGUGAACAAACCAAGUCUUCUAAGAUGAAGGGCAAAGAGCGCGAUAUGAGUAGUUGGGAUUAUGAUUUUUCUUUCAGUGGCGACACUUCUGGCGAAGUUCGGGUUCGAGGUAUUGAGCGUGAGCUACUCGAAGCUCGUGAAGAGCAUUAUAGGAAAGAACUUGAACAGGAUCCGGACUCUAGUGCGUACCUUGAGGAACGUGAACAAGAUAAGCAACGAAUUAGGGCCUUGGAAGAGGAAGUCGCGAGGUUGAAACGCCAGUUGGCCGAACAACGACUAAAUAGGUCUCGCAUGGACCCAACACCUCCACCCGCACCUCCGCCUCCACCACCACUUUGGCAGUCAUCUUCUCUACCGGGCACAGUUUCAAGUACCAGGAACCUCAUUGGUCCUACCUCAACAACGGAUUCCUUCCUAGCAAAUGCCCGUGCGGCUCUCAGACCAACCUCACUCCCAGUCGAAGCUCCCAUAAAUGCCGCAGUAUAUGGUAGCAGAACUAAACGAACUGCCGUGCCCACGUUCAACCUUCCCACAGAGAAGAUGGCAGCUUUCCUAACGGAGAUGAAGAGUGCAAAACUGAAAAGAGUAAAUAGCGGCCCCAGGCAACCUCCAAGACGAGUUGAGGCGGAUCCGAACGAUUCCAGUAUCAACUUGAGCAUGUCGAUGAGAAGGGACAUUUUGAAGGAUCUGGCGGAGAGGGAUCGAUUGGAAAGAUCGAUCAGUGUCGAUUCGGACUCUCAAGUUGGGGAGAAGAGAAAGCGAAGCGUGGAGAAUGGGGCGUUGCCUCAGAAUGCCUCUUCAAAACGCAGGGCAUUGGAACCGUCCUUCUCGGACUCCAGCUCUUCAUCCUUUGCCUCAACGGCCUCGGUGCCUUUCACAAGUUCCCAGGCAUCAUCGUCAAACGGAACCUAUAAUCGUUCUUGGCCCACUGUAUCCGCACCUGGAACAGACAUCACGACCCCUUCGCUGUGUUCGGAUAACGAGAAUGAUCACGAAGGCGAGCCAACUGCUGAAGAACGUCUAUUAGCGACACCUACUAGAGAACAUGAGGAACCCCCUCGGACACAGACUCCUGAAAUUCAUCAUGACGAUGAUGGCGACGAGCAGCACAUGCAUCAAACCAAUGGUAUCGAUCUAGCUGUUGACCGUGAGCCGACACCUUUGCCACUCCGGAAAGCUCCCACUCCCGUCUCUCGUAUCGAGCAGCCUCAGCCAGUUUCUUCCUCUUCAAAAAAUGCCUUCUCCAAACGAAUACCCUCGUCCCCGUUACCUAGCGCUACCCCGAAGAAACCUCCUCCACCAGCACGACAAAGGGCCCGACUUGUCUCUCAACGACGAGCGGAGGUUGAUGAAGCGGAUGAAGCGGAUGAGUCAGAUCAAGACCCGUUGGAUAUCCUGUUCUCACCGAAACCGAGGAAAACUAAUGGCAAGUCCUCUUCGUCGAAACCUGCUGCCUCUCAACCGGGCCCUUCACGAAUACCUCGGAGAGCGGAGAAGAAAGAUAGUCAAGCAUCCAAAGACUCGUCCCGUAGACCAUCAAGACCGCCGAGCUCAGCCUCCCUUCGUAACGCCGCCUCGCAUCAACCUCAACCUGUCGCAGGACCUUCUACGUCGAAUCACACCCAGAGGCGGAGGACUUUGGAUGAGGAAUUGCGUCGUGCUGGAGAUCGAUUGUGGCGAGAGGCUGAUGAGGAGGAGGAGCAGGGUAAUGAAUUAGAAGGGGGAGUGUUGGUUGGAUUGGGAACUCAAAAACGUAAGGGAUUCUUGGCGAGAGGUGGGGGUGCAGGUGUCCCGGUAUAUAUGGGUGCUGGAUAUGUACAUGGUGCAGAGGACGAUGAACCAUAGGGGUGAUCUUGAAUAUGUGUUUUAUUCUAUCGUUUCGCUUUCGGCUAUCUUUAUCGUUCAGUUGAUACCUCGGUGUAUAAUGUAGGAUACCAGGUCAAAUCGACUUGCACAUGUUCUUGGUUGUUGUAUUCCAGUAAAUAGUGGCAUUACCAUAAAUGAAUCACGAUCGAGAUCGAACGAUCGCAGCUGACUUCACU